CCUUGAUAAUAAAAAUAAGAGAUUUUUGUUGGAUCUUUCGAUUCUAUCAUUCCAAACAAUGGAUUCAAGAAUAAUCCAAUAAUAAUAGUUUGGUAGAUAUAGAUACCUUUAAAAAUAUAACUUUCUUUUUUGUGUCCUUUUAUUUUGCUGUCCUGUAAGCUCCCAGCCCAAUCCUGAAACCCCAAGCAAAGGGUAUAUCAAAUUACGCACAAUUUUCACCGCGCAGCCGCCAACAGGGUUGCCAAUUCCUUCCCCGAGUCUCAGAGUUUUCCUCCAGUGAAUCAUAGCCCUAGCCGCCUGGCAGCCCUGGUCCCUGGUCUGCAGGAGACAACCUGUUUGCCCCUAGCCAGAGUUCAUUAUCCUUGUGGCCACAGAAUGAGUCAGCCGGAGGAAACCACAGCCACUGGCGCCCGCCUCAGAUGGAUCUGCAUCUGUGGCCUUGCCAUCUCUUUGUACUCUCUGUACGUGAAGAUGCAGCUGGACCAGGAUGCAAACUACGUGGCCAUGUGCGAUCUGGCGGAGAAGGUUAGCUGCACAGCCGUCUUCAAGUCAGACUAUGGACGUGGCUUUGGUUUGACACAGCUGCUGUUUGGAUCCACCUCCAACUACUACCUGAAUCCCCCGAAUGGAACCAUAGGUAGUGUCUUCUAUGUGCUACUCUUUGCAAGCUGUAAGUGUGAAGAACUACAUCAGUCUGUGCGGAUAUCUAAAGGAUUAUCUCUUUCGCAGCCUUCUUCGAGCAGCAGCAAAAAUGCAAAUAAAUAAAGAGAAUCUAGAUGCGCUACUACCAAAUGAGUUAUGUGGGUUGACGGCAACCCGGUGGGAGGUUAAGCUGCCGACGUGAUCCGACUCCGAUCGUCCAAUCUUAGGCAAAUCGCCCGCUUCUGACCCGC